AUGUCCGCACCAAAAACUGCUAGGGAACGAGCGGCCUUGAUCAAGAAGCAGCAGGAAGAUGCUUUAGCUGCACUUCCUCUUAACGCACUGUUCAUUGUUCUCUGGAUCCGAUCUGAUCCACCCCGUCCGAAUGAUUUUCACUGGGGCUACUACUUCCAUACGAACUCCCAAGGUGGUGUCAAAUACCACAUGAGAAAUAUCGGAGGUGGCUGGAUGCCUGAUCACGGUCCCACUGGGGGCGUCUUCAAGUCGAAUUUCCUAUGUGUCCUCAUUCAAGUCGGAACCAUCCCGGAGGCAGCACGCAACACACUCGAUCAAACUAUGCGAUCCCACGAUGGCGAUGUUAACACGAUACCUGGAGUAACUUGCCGAGUAUGGGUCCUAACGAUCUUUCGGAGGCUCAUGCAGUACGGAAUCGUCCGGUGCAGCGAUAUUGGUGGACUGGAAAGAGAAUGCAUGACGCUGGGAAAUCAGUAUAGUCCGGGUGCUGCUAUCAAUCAACAACCGCGGCCUGUUGUGAGAUCCAGUCUUUGUCUUUAA